AUGCUUGCCUAUAUUUUAUACACCGCAUUGUCAGGCUUGGCCAUUGUUCCCUUCUUUCUUUACUGGAGAAAUCCUUACAUUUUGCACGAUCUGCGUUAUGCAAUCAUCGGCAUUAAAAUCUCCACCCUGCUCUCCAAAUUCACCUCGAGGAAACCCUUCUACAGCAUUCUCGACCGUUUCUUGGACAAUGUGGCCAAACAGCCGCACAAGAAGUUCAUCGUGUUCGAGGAGAACUGCUACACGUACAAGCAAGCCGACCAGGAGAGCAACCGUGUGGCCGCGGCACUUUCCAGUUUUCUGAAGCCAGGCGACACGGCGGCCGUGUUUGUGGGCAACGAGCCACUUUUCGUAUGGCUCUGGCUCGGCCUGGCCAAGCUGGGAUGUACUGCUGCUCUUCUUAACUACAACAUACGCUCCAAGUCACUACUGCACUGCUUCUCGUGCUGUGACGCCAAGGUUCUGCUCGCAGUGGCUGAACUACGAGAGGCUGUCGAAGAGGUGUUACCCAGCCUGAAGGAACAGGGGGUCCGCGUUUUCAUCCUCGGUGAAGGCGACGAGUCAGAGGGCAUUGAGUGUCUGUCGGACAAAAUUCGUCAGGCCUCCGACCAGCCUGCUUCACCUCAUUUGAGGGCUGACGUUAACCUCAAGAGCCCUGCGUUGUAUAUUUACACCUCAGGGACCACAGGUCUUCCCAAGGCAGCAGUAAUUAAUCACGAGAGGAUAUGGAUGGCAAGCUUUCUGCAAUCAUUUGCUGGCGUACGCUCAGAUGACAUCAUCUACAUCUACCUGCCUCUUUACCACAGUUCUGGCUUUCUCAUGGGAUUGUGCGGAGCCAUAGAAAAAGGUAUUACCGUUGUAUUAAAACGUAAAUUCUCUGCAUCGAGUUUCUGGAAUGACUGCAGGAAGUACAAUAUUACCGUAAUUCAGUAUAUAGGAGAGAUCAUGCGAUACCUCUGCAACACACCACAGAGUGACAAUGACAAGCAUCAUAAAGUAAGAGUUGCAAUGGGAAACGGGAUCCGAUCAGAUACCUGGGCCGACUUUCUGCAAAGGUUUGGGAAUAUUUGCAUUUGUGAGUGCUACGGAGCCACCGAAGGAAAUGUUGGCUUUGUCAACUACAUCGGGAAAAUUGGAGCCAUUGGAAAAGAGAAUUUCCUUCACAAAAUUGGAUGUCCCUAUGCCCUCAUAAGGUACGACACAGAGAAAGAGGAGCCAGUCAGAGACUCCAGAGGGUUUUGCAUUGAAGUGCCCAGAGGCGAAACAGGUCUGUUGGUGUCCAAAAUUGGAGUGAGAACCCCAUUCUCGGGCUAUGCCAAGAACAAGCAGCAGACUGAAAAGAAGAAGCUGAAGGAUGUGUUUGUGAAAGGAGACAUGUACUUUAACAGCGGGGAUCUGCUAAGGAUAGAUAACGAGGGGUUUAUUUACUUUCAAGACCGCAUCGGAGACACUUUCAGAUGGAAAGGAGAAAAUGUAGCAACCACCGAAAUAGCUGAUCAUUUGCUCAUGCUGGAAUGCAUUGAAGAGGUUAAUGUCUACGGUGUGAAGGUGCCAGGACACGAGGGAAGAAUUGGAAUGGCAGCACUGACCCUGAAAGAAAACAUGGACUUUGAUGGCAAAGCUGUGUAUCACCAUGUCAAAAGCUACCUUCCAAGUUACGCGAGACCACGCUUUAUCCGCAUUCAGAAUGCGCUGCAGGUGACUGGGACAUACAAGCAGAUGAAAGUCAAGCUGGCUGAAGAGGGCUUUAACCCUGAGGCCAUUCAGGAUCGUUUGCUUUUCCUGGAGGACAAUCAAGGUUACGUCCCCAUGACCCAGCAGAUAUUCAACUCCAUAGCAGAGGGAAGAAUCAAACUUUAG